UGACGUAGAAAUGUUGUUGUAAAUAGGCCUUUUCAUAUUGUAUUUUAAUUGUGCUAAGAUAAAAGCUAGUUUUCCAAAUUCCCAGUGUUUUUAUUUAAUUGCAAAAUGGAGCAAACUAUAACGCCUGAACCUCAUCUGGUACCAGGCUAUACUGGCCAUUGUGCCCAGAAUCGCGAUCGUGUUGGCAAAUCUUAUGGCAUCCAGACGCACAAGUUGCUUAUCGAUCCAUGCAUUAACCAUGCGCCAGAGCUAAUUGUAACGCCCAUCGACGCUAAGCCCGAUCUCAAGGAUUAUCCCACCCAGAGUGAAUUGAAGACGCUGCGUGAUCGCGAGGAAUUCGUUGACUCCGUUUACAGGCAUCCCAUAAUACCCGGUUAUGCGGGUUUUGUACCCAACAUGUUUACACAGACCGGCAAACGGUAUGUGGCAGCCGCCACUGCAGGCGUAGCUCAACAUGAGGACCUCAUGCAACGCUAUCGCUGUGAUAGGCGCACACUGCGUCAUCGUGAUCUGCUCGAGAGUGGCAACGGUCUCUUCGAGCACCAACUGAAUGAGCGAUUGCUACCGGGAACCACUUAUCGUGCCCCAUUAAUACCGGUAACUGGACGUUCCAAGGGCAUAAAGCAGGAGAAGUGUCCGCCAACGACAGAGAAGCUAAAGUACAGCAAGUUCACAACGCCACAUUUCCUGGACGAUGACGACAAGGACAAGUUCAUCAUUAAUGGCUAUGCUGCACAUAUUCCAAUGGCUGUGACGCGGUUCGGAGAGCCAAGCAAGGUGCUGACCCAUCAUGCUCUCUGCAGCUUCUCCAACUACAUGUAUAAGAAGAAACGCGACAAGUGGUGCUGUGGCCAGGACUUGACCACACCCGCCAUCCAAUGUCCGCCGGUUGGUCACUUUGUGCUCUAUCACAACGAUCAUGGCAUGAAUCCCAGCUAUGCCGGUCAUGUUCCGGGACAUUUAUACAAAUUUGGUCGCACAUAUGGUAAGACAACGUAUCAUGCGAAACGGUGGUUGGAAAUCCAUAAGGAUCUUGUUGUUUUGCCUGAGAUUGCCAAUUUAGAUUAUGAAUAUUAGGUUUCGCUU